AUGGAAAGAAUGGAUACUGCAAUAUUAAGUAUUGUUCUUGUUUUAUGUUACUUUGCUCUUCUUGCUUCACCACAGGUUACUUCUCCAUCGGAAGUUGAUGCACUGAAUGUCAUUAGGAGAAAACUCAAAGAUCCAAAAAAAAAUCUCAGAAAUUGGAAAAAAGGUGAUCCAUGUACAUCAAACUGGACUGGAGUAAUCUCCACGAAGCAAGAUGAUGGUUAUUUCCAUGUUCAAGAAUUGCGGAUGCUAAAUUUGAAUCUUUCCGGAAAUCUUACUCCUGAACUUGGCCAACUAUCUAAUUUAACUAUAUUGAAUUUUAUGUGGAACAAUAUUACUGGCAGUAUACCAAAGGAGAUAGGCAAUAUAAAAUCAUUGAAAUACCUGUUUUUAAGUGGAAAUCAGCUUUCAGGAUCUUUAGCGGACGAACUUGGUUAUUUGCCUAACUUAAUAAUGUUUCAGAUAGAUUUGAAUCAGAUAUCAGGAUCACUGCCCAAAUCUUUUGUGAAUCUGGUCAGAUGCAAGCAUUUUCACAUGAGCAACAACUCAAUCAGUGGGCAGAUUCCACCGGAGCUCUCCAACAUGCCUCAACUUCAACACUUCCUGUUGGACAACAAUAACUUAUCGGGCUAUCUAUCACCAGAACUUUCACAGAUGCCAAGCUUGAAAAUACUCCAACUUGAUAAUAACAAUUUUGGUGAAAAUCAGAUUCCUGCUUCUCACGGUAACAUGGCCAACCUGGUAAAAUUAAGUCUUAGGAACUGCAACUUGCAAGGAGCUAUUCCUGAUUUCAGUAGUACACCACUUCGUUUUCCUGAUCUGAGACAUAACCAACUUACAGGAGGGAUCCCAACAAAUAAGCUUUCUGAUAAUAUCACAACUAUUGAUCUAUCCUAUAAUUUGCUGAAUGGAUCUAUCCCUUCAAAUUUUUCUGGCCUUCCUAAUCUUCAGAGAUUGUCAGUGGAAAACAAUUCGUUAAGUGGAGAUGUUCCCUCCAAUGUUUGGCAAAAUGUGAAUUUUACUGCUAAAGCAACACUUCUCAUAGAUUUACGGAAUAAUUUGCUUUCAAAUAUUUCUGGCAGUAUAGAUCCUCCUUCAAAUGUUAUAAUUAGGCUUGAGGGCAAUCCUAUCUGUGUCUCAGCAAAUCAACUAAACAUAGCCCAUUUCUGUGGAAUUACAAUUGGAGAUGAUUAUUCUGUGCCUGGAAGCUCAAAUAACUCUACUGACAUCUGCCUACCUCAAAUUUGUCCAGUUAGUGAGAACUGUGAAUAUGUCCCAGAAUCUCCUGUUGGCUUCUGUGCUAUACCUCUUCUAGUUUGGUUACUUUUAAGAAGUCCUACCAUAUUAGAUUUUCGACCAUAUAUUGAUGCAUAUAAGGAGCUCAUAACAACCAGUCUUGGCUUGGAUUUUUAUCAACUAUUUGUGGAAUCAUUUAUAUGGCAACGGGGUUCUAGGCUACGGCUGAGUUUAAAAUUUUUCCCUCAAUACACCAGUAGGAAGCAUAAAUUCAACCCAUAUGAGAUACAAAUGAUCAUUGACAUGAUUGCUACAUUUUCAAUCCCUCCGAAUGACACCUUUGGUCCAUAUGAGCUGAUCACUUUUUGUCCUCCACAUUAUUCAAAUGUGGAAAUUAGCUUGAUGAUUCUUGUUAUUGCUGUGAAAUCAGGAAUAAUUAAAGGUGUCUUAAUAGGAAUAAUCAUAGUGGCCACAUUUGUACUUGCACUAUCUUUGGUUAUUAUGGUCCUCUUCUAUAAAAGGCGCACCAGUUUCGGGCAGGAAAUGUUAAAAAAACAGUCAACUUCAAAAGUUCCAUUCAGAACUGAACGUGUUAAGGAAUUCAGCUUUGUAGAACUUGAAGCAGCUACAAGCGGUUUCAAAGAUACCUCUCAAGUUGGUCAAGGAGGCUAUGGAAAGGUUUACAGAGGCAUUUUGGCUAAUGGAACAGUAGUGGCAAUUAAGCGUGCCCGACAAGGAUCUUUGCAGGGUCAGAUAGAGUUCAUAACUGAAAUAGAACUGCUGUCACGAUUACAUCAUCGGAACCUGGUUAUUUUGGUUGGAUACUGUAGCGAACAAGGCGAGCAGAUGUUAGUGUACGAGUUUAUGCCCAACGGUUCUCUCCAUGAUCUUCUCUCAGAUAGAUACAGACAUACCUUGAGUUUCUCCAUGCGAUUGCGUAUUGCAUUGGGUUCAGCCAAAGGCAUCCUCUACCUUCAUACUGAAGCUGAUCCGCCGAUCAUUCAUCGGGAUAUCAAGGCAAACAACAUUUUGUUGGACUUCAAGUUUACCCCUAAAGUCUCUGAUUUUGGAAUCUCAAGGCUUGCACCAGUACCAGAUGUUGAAGGAGCUUCAGCUCAUGUAUCCACAGUUGUGAAAGGCACACCAGGCUACCUGGAUCCAGAAUAUUUCUUGAUUCACAAGUUGACAGAGAAAAGUGAUGUCUAUAGCCUUGGAAUAGUGUUUCUGGAGCUUUUGACAGGGAUGCGGCCUAUCUCUCAUGGCAGAAACAUUGUUCGAGAGGUUUAUGGAGCUUGUCAAUCAGGAUUGAUGUUUUCCAUCAUAGACCAGAGAAUGGGUUCAUACUCUUAUGAAAGUAUCAAGAAAUUUAUGGCACUGGCGCUGAAGUGUUGCCAGGAUGAUCCCAAGGAACGACCAACAAUGUUGGAAAUUGUGAGAGAGUUAGAGAACUUAUGCUUACUGCUUCCGGAGCCUGAUAUGAUUCCAAUAGAGCCAGAUGCAUCCACUUCCGAAUGGUCAGGGGUUGGCUCAUCGCUUCUCAACUCUGGAAGGAAAUCCAAAUUAAGGACCACUGAAAUCUUAGGAAGUGAACUUGUCAGCGGUGAAAUCCCCACCAUCAGAGCUCGCUGAUACUCAAUGCAGGAAUCAAAUGUGGUCUUAUCAGUUAAUCAUGAUGAAAUUAAGUUCAUAAUGUUGAAUAUUAGGAAAACAAAUGGCUGCUAAGUUUAUUAUCUUUGUACGGCUUUGUUUUUACACAUAAGAACUGGAAAAUAAAAUAAACAUAGAAUAUCAUGUUAAUAAUGAAGACAGUAUUUUGG